AUGUUCCUCUUUUCCCGUAAGACCAAGACCCCCAUCAGCACCUACAGGGACUCCUACAGGGCUCCUACCUCCAUCAAGGAGGUCUAUAAGGACCCACCUCUGUGGGCCUGGGAAGCCAACAGGUUUGUGACUCCGGCCCUGACUCAGACUGUGAAGCACCACGUGGAUCCUGAAGCCCUGCAGAAGAUGGUCAAGUGUGCUGUGCAGGACUACAGCUAUAAGAGUUCCAUACCAAGCCACCCCUACUUGCCUGAGAAAUACUGGCUCUCUCAAGAGGAAGCAGACAAACGCAACCCAAACCACCUGUGCGGUAACCGGUAUAAUACACGGAGGAUGGGACCUUACAACUGUACGGGCUGGAACAAAUGUGCCACAUACCUUCCUCGGCUGCCUAAGGAGACUGGGAUGGAGGCAGCAGUUCGAGGAAUGCCCUUGGUGUACCCUCCUAAGCCGGAGCGACUCAGCGCCUACGAGCGCGAGGUACUGGUGAACAUGCUGAACUCGCUGUCACGGAACCAGCCGCUGCCAGAGAUCACGCCCCGCUGCGGGUGUGUGGACCCGCUGCCGGGCCGCCUGCCCUUCCAGGGUUAUGAAAGCGCUUGCUCGGGCCGCCACUACUGUCUGCGCGGCAUGGACUACUGCGUCGCCGGGCCACCCUGCACCGAACGUCGCCUGCGACUUUUGCGCACAGAGCAGCCGACUGAGUGUAUCGCCCUGCGAGCACCGGAAGGGAAUGCAAUGUGCUGUUAUAACUCCCCCGCCGUCAUACUACCCUUGUCCGAACCUUAG